UGAAUUCUGUCACAUACUAUGACAUGGAUGAACCUGAAAGGCAUUAUGCUAGGUGAAUCAAGCCAGUCACAAAAGGACAAAUACUGUAUGAUCUCAUUUCUAUGAGAUAGCUAGAAUAGUCAACUUCGUAGAGAAGAAUGGUAGUUACCAGGGACUAGAGGCAAGGGAAAAUGGGGAAUUAUUAUUUAAUGAGUAUAGAAUUUCAGUUUUGCAAAAUGAAAAGAGUUCUAGAGAUGGAUGGUGAUGAUGGCUGCACAAUAAUGUGAAUGUAAUUAACAUCACUGAACACUUGAAAAUAGUUAAGUUCGUCAAUGUUACGUGUAUUUUACCACAAUCCCCAAAAGGCUACCUCAACGACAAAAAAUAAUCUUUCAAAAUGUCCACUUGGAUUGAGCAAUUUGCAGUGAGGAGAUCUUUGGCAGUUCUGGAGAAGUGCUGAGGACAGAAGGCAGAGUGGAUGGACUAGAUUACAAAGUGAAUGGGAAAGUAGAGACAGCAAAUGAAGACCAUUUCCAACAAGUUUGGAUGAGAAGAUAAAGGUAUCACUUGGAUGACUGCUAAUAAAGAGGACUCACACUUAAGGGAGAGCUUUGAGGGUUUUCAUAUUAUUUGACAAUGAUAAUAGGCAUGAUUGAUCAUGGGCAUGCCUCUCUAGGACAGCGAGAAAGAAACUGGUUAAAUGGGUAACAUCGAUGCUAUAGGCCCUAAACUGGAUGAACUGAAGUCGAUGGAGUAUAGGAGACCCAGGCCUUUCCUCCUUCAAGAUGUAUUAUGAUUGUAUUAAUCCAGAGCAUAAUUUCAGAGAGCCCCAGAAACGAUUUGUUAAAGAAGGAAAUAUCUUGACAUUGGAGUCAACCCAGGACAGAAACAGAAUGCUAUGAAACCAGAUUCAAGUCAAGGGGGUAAUGUGAAGAAAGAUUAGAGACCCCAAAGCCCCAAUUCAAGGCUGGAAAUGUGUCAGGACAACAGAUGAAGUAGAGGAGGCACUGUCAUGCAUCAAGUCCAUCCCUAGAACAGGAUAAGUCUAAAGGAGCAAAUCCCCCAAGUCCCAGAGGAGAGAAUAUAGUCCUUUCAAUAUCUCUUCCCAUUAGACAGUUAUCUUGCCCUGCACCAAUCAAGACCCUCAGGUUAACACCUAAACAGCUUUCCUGCCUCCUUCCUUCACUGAAAGAAGAAAAGGUGCAAAUGUUUUACUCUCAAAUAUUUUUUGGUUUUGAACAACUUUCAAAACGUUACUUUGAAGCCAUGUGAAUUACAACUUAAAAAUACUUCCCAAUAAAUACAGAAGCUAUUAUUACAACAGCUUCACUGGAAAAGGUCAUAAACAAGCAUGGGAAAGAUUUAGCCUCCUGCUGGUUGGAGUUCUCACUUGCUGGGUCUCUUUCCACAGCCAGUUUCAUACAAUUUACUAUUUAGUCAGGCCUUGGUUAUCUAUAACCCUAAGCAAAUCCAAAUCAGAUCCAAGUUACACAAGCACAUAUUAGAACUGGGCUCCAAAGAACCCUGGACAUCUGUAGUACCUGACAUUCAAGCAUUUGGCAAGAUGUCAAUAUUUCAGAGAGCACUUUAAAUGUUUUGAUUUGAGAGCUAAUGCAGUGCUUCCCACUGGUCAACACGAGCAGUCCAGGCAGAAAGCAAAAUCUAUUUCCUUCAACAUCAAAUGCUACACUCAGUUGCUGAUCCUAUCUUGCCUACAGAGAACCUAGGAGACUGGAAAACUUGGUUCAGCAGUUACAUGUGCAAAUUUGUUACUUGGGUAUAUUGUGUGACACUAUCCUUUUUGGGCUUCUAUUGAACCUAUCACCCAAAUAGUGAACACAGAACCCAAGAGAUCUUCAAAGAAAAAUCACUUUGGCCACUUCUGGGAAAGCACUCACUGGGCAAAAUUACUUCAUUGAAAAGAGACUUCAUAUUAUGCAAAAAAAUUUAAAAAGCAGGUAUCUUGGAGGCCAUAAGUGCCCUGUGAGUGACCAGUUCACUUAUCUUUUCAGGCCUCUGCCUUCAGAAGUUACAAGAUGAUCAAUUCGACCUCCACACAACCUCCAAAUGAAUCCUGCUCUCAGAACAUCCUGAUCACUCAGCAGAUCAUUCCUGUGCUGUACUGUGUGGUCUUCAUUGCAGGAAUCCUACUCAAUGGAGUGUCAGGAUGGAUAUUCUUUUACGUGCCCAGCUCUAAGAGUUUCAUUGUCUAUCUCAAGAACAUCGUUAUUGCUGACUUUGUGAUGAGCCUGACUUUUCCUUUCAAGAUCCUUGGCGACUCGGGCCUUGGCCCCUGGCAGCUGAACGUGUUUGUGUGCAGGGUCUCUGCCGUGCUCUUCUACGUCAACAUGUAUGUCAGCAUUGUGUUCUUUGGGCUCAUCAGCUUUGACAGAUAUUAUAAAAUUGUAAAGCCUCUUUGGACUCCUUUCAUUCAGUCAGUGAGUUACAGCAAACUCCUGUCAGUGAUAGUAUGGAUGCUCAUGCUCCUCCUUGCUGUUCCAAAUAUUAUUCUGACCAAUCAGAGUGUUAGGGAGGUUACACGUAUAAAAUGUAUAGAACUGAAAAAUGAACUGGGACGGAAGUGGCACAAAGCAUCAAACUACAUCUUCGUGGGGAUUUUCUGGAUUGUGUUUCUUUUGUUAAUCGUUUUCUAUACUGCUAUCACGAGGAAAAUCUUUAAGUCCCACCUUAAGUCAAGACGGAAUUCCACUUCGGUCAAAAAGAAAUCCAGCCGCAACAUAUUCAGCAUCGUGUUCGUGUUUUUUGUCUGUUUUGUACCUUACCACAUUGCCAGAAUCCCCUACACAAAGAGUCAGACUGAAGAUCAUUACAGCUGCCAGUCAAAAGAAAUCUUGCUGUAUAUGAAAGAAUUCACUCUGCUACUCUCUGCUGCAAAUGUAUGCCUGGACCCUAUUAUUUAUUUCUUUCUAUGCCAGCCAUUUAGGGAAAUCUUAUGUAAGAAAUUGCACAUCCCAUUAAAAUCUAACAAUGAACAAGACACUUCCAAAACCAAAAGAGGAAAUACAAUGCUUGAAAGCACAGAGACUUUGUGAGUUCCUAACCUCCUCCAAAUAAAGACCAUGUGUGCAUGUUGUCAUCAAUUAUGUAACAGAAAUGAAGAAAUAUGUGCCUCAUCAUAAGUAACAUCUCUAUCAUUACUAUCCAAUGUAUUUCAAUAAAAUUCAUGUAAGUUUCCAUGCUUUUUUGUAACAUUAAAGAAAACAUAUCCAUCAGUAGUUUCUCUCCUAAUACUGACCUUUCUAUUCUGUUAAUUUAAAAAAAUACAUACAAUUAUUCAAUUCUAUUCUAUUAAAAUAGGUUUACAUUUAUAACCACUAGUGUGGUCAGUUAAUGUAAAAAUUUAAAUAGUAAAUAAAUAGGAUGUAAUCAAAGACAA